UCUCGAACAAGUACUAGCUGGCUCUUUCGGCGUGAUUGGGCAACUGGAUGAUCAUGAUAUUGAUGAGGAUAUCGCUGAUUUUGUUGAAAACCAACCGAGAAAUUUCCAGCAAUUUCCAUCCUCAUUAUUGCGCAGCAACAUUCCGGAUUACAUCCGAGAACAUGAACAUGAGGAGGACAACAUGAAUAGAAGCGAUUUGGAGAGCAGUCCCGCUGUUCAGUACGACAUGGAUGGACAGGCC